AUGAGGUGUCUGGUUUUGGUUCUGCUCAUUGCUGCGGCCUACGCCGAGGACGACAAGAUCGUCGGAGGGUAUGAGUGCAAGGCCUACUCUCAGCCCCAUCAGGUGUCUCUGAACUCCGGAUACCACUUCUGCGGUGGAUCUCUGGUCAACGAGAACUGGGUUGUGUCCGCUGCCCACUGCUACAAGUCUCGUGUUGAGGUGCAUAUGGGAGAGCACAACAUCAGGGUGACUGAGGGCAACGAGCAGGUUAUCAGCUCCUCCCGCGUCAUCCGCCACCCCAACUACAGCUCCUACAACAUCGACAACGACAUCAUGCUGAUCAAGCUGAGCAGGCCCGCCACCCUCAACCAGUACGUGCAGCCUGUGGCUCUGCCCACCAGCUGUGCCCCCGCUGGCACCAUGUGCCUGGUCUCUGGAUGGGGCAACACCAUGAGCUCCACUGCUGACAAGAACAAGCUUCAGUGCCUGAACCUCCCCAUCCUGUCCGACAGAGACUGUAAUAACUCCUACCCUGGCAUGAUCACCAACUCCAUGUUCUGUGCUGGAUUCCUUGAGGGAGGCAAGGACUCUUGCCAGGGUGACUCUGGUGGCCCCGUGGUGUGCAACGGUGAGCUGCAGGGAGUUGUGUCCUGGGGCUAUGGCUGCGCCGAGAGGGACCACCCUGGAGUCUACGCCAAGGUCUGCAUCUUCAACGACUGGCUGGAGAGCACCAUGGCCAGCUACUAA